AGUUUUUUGAACGAGGAAGCCUGAAAGCUCUUGCCAUCGACCCUUUUGACUCGCUUAUAUACGUACCAUAGUGUUAGAUCGUCGGUCUGCAUUGCUUGUACAUACUAUCGCACUUUGGCAGGGAAAGAUAUACAGCUCCUGCACAGGUCCGCACUUCAAUUAUGUAUUACGACAAGAACAAGGCCACAAAGGGGCCAGUGAAUGUUGUCCCAGAGUUCCAGGCGGUCAUCCUGGCCGGGCGACCGAGGGAUUGGGGAGGGUAUGAGUCUUUAGACGGACUGGUUCUUUCGGGGCGACCUAGCGGGGACUGACUUGCGAGAUGUUCACCUUCAACAGUCUCGACUGCUUGACCGAUGACAACAAUACGAAAGGGGAGCAUAAGGUGCCCAAAGCUAUUCUACCUGUUGCAGGAAAGCCCAUGAUACACUACCAGAUGGAAUGGUUGGAGGCUGCGCGAGCUCAAGAUGUGCUUGUCGUUUGUCCACCUGGCUCCAAGAUGGAGAUCCAAGCACAGCUGCUGAAGUAUGGCGUUACCCCGUUGAAGUGGAAAGUAAAGGAAACCAAGCAUGGGGAGGGCACGGCUGAUGCAUUGCGACACGUUCAUGAAGAGAUCAAGACGGACUUCAUUGUGAUGGCUUGCGACGUUAUAACGGAUGUGUCGCCACAUCACUUAAUAGACUUACAUCGAAUUCACAACCCCGCCGUCACAACGCUGUUCUAUGACAACUCGAAGCUGGACGCAAACUUGGAGCGACCUGCGAAAAAGGAUGCAUACGCUCAAUACGUCGGCAUCGACGCUGGGAAAGGGCGACUUGUGUAUACAAAACAACAAGAGGACGUCGGCGACUUCUUGCAGCUAAGAACACCAAUGCUCAGAAAAUUCCCCAAACUGAGUAUCCACACAAACCUCCGCGACGCACAUGUAUACAUCUUCAAACGGUGGGUCCUGGAAGUCGUCGUCGCCGACCCAUCGAUAUCCAGCAUACGCAAAGAUCUGCUGCGGGUGCUGCUGCAGUGCCAGUUCAGCGAGAACGCGAGGCAGAAGUACGGGGUAGCUACAUUGAAAGAGAAAGGCAUCCCGUUUGAAGAAGCCUCCCUGGCAUCGAGCGCGAAUAGCGAUGAUGUGGAAACACUACUCAAAUGUGCAACCGAAAGGGUGCAAAAGAAAGGGGAAAAAACGCGCGACUUGCCGCCUCAUGCCCUUGAACCCAAGGGCCAUGAAGUUCUCUGUGCCGCCGUGGUGUGCGGUGGCGAUGCAUUCUGUGCUCGCGUGAACACACCAUGGUCAUACGCGGAGGUCAACAGACAGAAAGCCAAAACGUCUUCAGCGAGCACACCAGUGGACCUCCGGAACAAACAGACGCAGAUCGGGUCGGACUCUAUUGUCGAAUCCAGCGCCAUAGGCGAACGGUGUAGUAUCAAGAAGUCCGUGAUUGGGAAGCACUGCGUCAUUGGAAAGAAUGUCAAAAUCACAAACUCGAUCAUCAUGGACCACGUUGUCAUCGAAGACUUCGUGAAACUGGACGGAUGCAUUGUCAGUAUGAACGCGACGAUCUCGGAAAAAUCGCAACUGAAGGAUUGCGAAGUCGGACCAAAUCACACCGUUGAGAAAGAGAGCGUACGGACUAGCGAGCAAUUAUCGCAAUCCCAUUAUCUCGAUAUCGACCAGUCAUAAUCUUUUGCAUAGGCGUAGAGCAUCAAAGUAGAAAAUCAAACGAUAGAAUUUGCAUAGGCAUUGACAUCAUUAUUCUAAGAAUCUGAAUGUUACGCACCCCGUCAGAAAACCGCUUCGAGACUUGGCGCCGAGGCCAGCAGAUUGGCUACCGUAGCUGUAUAUGUACAGUAGUUCAUUGGUACUUUCGAUUUUUGGCGCUUUGCCGUUGUUGACCAUGCACCACCCAUUCCAUUGUUCUGAUAAAUGUUUUGAUGGGGUG